AUGACAUCAUCAUUAUCCUCAUCUACAGCUACACCAUUGAAGAAACAGUUUAAGAAACUUGACAGCCCAGAGUUUAAAAGUUUAUUCACUCCAGAGUUGGACUUCCUUGCAAAACUAUUCAAUAAAAAUGGCUUUGAAAUCCGAAUAGCCGGUGGCGCUGUGAGGGAUCUUAUUUUAGGAAAGGUGGCAGAUGAUAUCGAUUUUGCUACUACCGCCACUCCGAAACAGAUGAUUGCCAUGUUUGAAAAAGAAGAGAUAAGGAUGAUAAACAACAAGGGAGAGAGGCAUGGAACGAUAACAUGCAGAAUCAAUGAUAAGGAAAACUUUGAAAUAACAACUUUGAGAUUUGAUGUUGAAACAGAUGGCAGACAUGCAGAGGUCCAGUUCACAACAGAUUGGAUGCUGGAUGCCCAACGAAGAGAUUUGACCAUCAACUCCAUAUUCUAUGGUAGAAUAGCGAAGGAUGCAGAAAGCCAUGAUGCUGAUAUACUGAAGGCAAUACAAUCAAAUUCAGCUGGCUUGGCAAGUAUUUCUGGGGAGAGGAUGUGGUUGGAGUUGAAGAAGAUCAUGAUGGGCAAUCAUGUGGACAGUCUCAUGAGGGUCAUGAAUGAUCUCAAUUUAACUGUGCAUAUAUUUACAGGCUUCAUUGAUGAGCUGAACUUUGAUGAACUGUCACACGUUUGGAAAUCUUGUAAGGACUUGAAUCCUCUGCCCAUGACACUUAUUUCAGCAAUGUUCAACAGCCUGGAACAGCUUUCCACGUUACAUGCUCGAAUAAAAAUGUCAAAAGAUGAACUUCAGUUAGGACAAUUCAUACUUCAGCACAGAAUAGACCCAGUGUUUCAGAAGACCAGACUGCAACAGAAUGGUCCAACUUAUGAUGCAAAUGCUUCUGGAGAAUCAAAGAAGGAUAUGAAGAAAAUGAAACUCGAAAACAACUUCCUCAACGACGAUGCAACCCUACAUGCAGAAAAUACUGAGAACAAAAUAUUAUCUGAAGGAAAAAUAUUAUCUGAUAAGCAGGUCGGAGAUGAUUUAGCAGAGCCUAAGAAAAGUGCUAUGUUAAUUAAAUGUGAAGAUUUGCUUGUAGAAGAACCAUCUAAUCUAUUAAAAGCAAAAUCAAGAAUUCUAGAACUUCUAAAGUAUUUCAAUCUGAGAGAUGCGUUGAAGCAAUUUGGAGAUUGGACACCACCGAAAUUUCCAGUGAGUGGGGUGAGACUCAUCGAGGUUGGGGUUCCGAAAGGUCCCCAGUUCUCCAGGGAACUCAGCAGGUUGAAAGAAAUAUGGAAACAAAGUCGCUUCACAAAAACAGAAGAGGAACUGCUUCAGUGUGUUAAAAUUAAGAAAAAAAUUGCUGAAUAA